AUGGUGAAAAGGAAAAGCUCAGAGGGCCAGGAGCAGGAGAGCGCCCGUGGCAUCCCUCUGCCCAUCCAGACCUUCCUGUGGAGGCAAACCAGUGCAUUUUUAAGACCUAAACUGGGGAAACAAUAUGAAGCUUCCUGUGUGUCUUUUGAAAGAGUUUUAGUAGAGAACAAGCUGCAUGGCCUUUCUCCAGCUCUCUCUGAAGCCAUCCAGAGCAUUUCUCGCUGGGAACUUGUCCAAGCUGCACUCCCUCAUGUGCUGCACUGCACCGCAACGCUGCUCUCCAACCGAAACAAGCUAGGACAUCAGGAUAAGCUUGGAGUAGCUGAAACAAAGCUUCUUCACACUCUUCACUGGAUGCUCCUGGAGGCCCCUCAGGACUGCAGCAAUGACCGAUUUGGAGGAGACAGAGGCUCUAGUUGGGGAGGGAGCAGUAGCGCCUUUAUCCACCAGGCUGAAAACCAAGGAUCUCCAGGACAUCCCCAGCCCAGUGCCACAAAUGAUGAGGAAGAGAAUAACAGGAGGAAGUUCUUCCAGAACUCCAUGGCCACAGUGGAGCUCUUUGUGUUCCUUUUUGCUCCCCUUGUCCACAGGAUUAAAGAGUCUGACCUGACAUUUCGGUUGGCGAGUGGCCUUGUUAUUUGGCAGCCUAUGUGGGAACACAGGCAGCCUGAAGUUUCUGCCUUCAACACUCUUGUAAAACCAAUCAGGAAUAUCGUUACAGCUAAGAGAAGUUCUCCUACCAACAAUCAGAGAGUAACUUGUGAAUCUCCUAAUCUGGACAGUGGACAUACUGAGGGACUACAGGUGGUCUGUGAGACAACGCAGCCAGAUUCUGUACCUCCAAAGGCCACUGUUUCGGCAUGCCAUCGUGGAAAUUCCUUGGAUGGAAGCAUGUCCUCCCAAACCUCUCAGGAGAGAGGUACCGCACGUCCCAGGGUGUCCUUGGUGAUCCCGCCAUGCCAGAAGUCUCGCUAUGCCACAUACUUUGAUGUGGCAGUGCUGCGCUGCCUGCUGCAGCCACAUUGGUCUGAGGAGGGCACACAGUGGUCACUCAUGUACUACCUGCAGAGGCUGAGGCAUAUGCUACAGGAAAAGCCAGAGAAGCCACCUGAGCCAGAAAUCACUCCUUUACCAAGACCUCGCAGCAGCUCAAUGGUGGCUGCUGCACCCUCUCUGGUGAAUACCCACAAAACUCAGGAUCUUACAGUGAAAUGUAAUGAGGAAGAAAAAUCACUAAGCACAGAAGCGUUUUCCAAGGUUUCACUGACCAACCUACGUAGACCAGCAGUUCCAGAUCUUUCCACAGACCUGGGGAUGAACAUUUUCAAAAAGUUUAAGAGCCGCAAAGAGGACAGGGAGCGUGAGCGCAAAGGGUCAAUUCCUUUCCACCACACUGGGAAGAAACGGCAACGAAGGAUGGGAGUGCCUUUCCUUCUCCAUGAGGAUCAUUUAGAUGUCUCGCCCACUCGAAGCACUUUUUCUUUUGGCAGUUUCUCUGGAAUUGGAGAGGACCGGCGUGGCAUUGAGAGAGGAGGAUGGCAAACCACGAUAUUAGGAAAGUUUACCAGACGAGGGAGCUCUGACACAGCAACGGAGAUGGAGAGCCUGAGCGCCAGGCAUUCGCACUCCCACCACACGCUGGUCUCUGAUCUGCCUGACCACUCAAACAACCAUGGAGAGAACACAGUCAAAGAAGUGCGGUCACAGAUCUCAACCAUCACUGUGGCAACCUUCAACACUACCCUGGCCUCAUUCAAUGUGGGCUACGCCGAUUUCUUCAGUGAGCACAUGAGGAAGCUUUGCAACCAGGUGCCCAUCCCUGAGAUGCCGCAUGAGCCACUCGCAUGUGCCAACCUCCCACGGAGCUUGACAGACUCCUGCAUCAAUUACAGUUGUUUAGAGGAUACGGACCACAUUGAUGGAACCAACAACUUUGUCCACAAGAACGGCAUGCUGGAUCUCUCGGUGGUCCUGAAGGCUGUUUACUUGGUCCUGAACCAUGACAUCAGUUCCCGGAUUUGCGAUGUGGCUCUGAACAUUGUGGAGUGCUUACUUCAGCUUGGUGUGGUGCCCUGUGUAGAGAAGGUUCGGAGGAAGAGUGAAAACAAAGAAAAUGAGGCCCCUGAAAAGAGAUCAAGUGAAGGAUCAUUCCAGCUCAAAGGCACUGCUACUGGUGGUUCAGCUUGUGGAUUUGGGCCUCCUCCAGUUAGUGCAGCUGGAGAUGGAGGAGAAGAAGGAGGUGGUGGAAGUGGUGGAGGAGGUGGAGGUGGAAGUGAUGGAGGUGGUGGAGGAGGAGGGCCUUAUGAGAAGAAUGACAAAAAACAAGAAAAGGAUGAAGGCCCAUCUGUCAGUACCCAUAGGCUGGCACUCACAAUGCUGAUCAAAAUUGUGAAGUCCCUGGGUUGUGCCUAUGGUUGUGGAGAAGGACACCGAGGGCUCUCUGGAGAUCGCCUGAGACACCAGGUAUUCCGGGAGAAUGCUCAGAACUGCCUCACAAAGCUGUACAAACUGGAUAAGAUGCAGUUCCGGCAGACCAUGAGGGAUUAUGUGAACAGGGAUUCUCUCAAUAAUGUGGUGGAUUUCCUACACGCUUUACUGGGAUUCUGCAUGGAGCCAGUCACUGACAACAAGGCUGGAUUUGGGAACAACUUCACCACAGUGGACAACAAAUCUACUGCCCAGAGUGUAGAAGGUAUUAUUGUGAAUGCCAUGUUCAAGUCAUUGAUCACUCGCUGUGCUUCCACUACACAUGAGCUGCACAGCCCGGAAAACCUGGGCUUAUACUGCGAUAUCCGACAGCUGGUCCAGUUUAUCAAGGAGGCUCAUGGGAAUGUAUUUCGGAGAGUGGCACUCAGUGCCCUCUUAGACAGUGCUGAAAAGCUAAUACCAGGGAAAAAAACAGAGGAGACAGAGCCAGAGCCAAAACCUUCUGGGAGCAAAAGAUCUGAGCUGGGAAGUAUCAUCACUGAUAAAGGCCAGGCAUCAGCUGCCCCUGAUGAAUGCCGCAGUUACAUCUCAAGCCGUCCAAUGCAAACUCCAGAACAUGAUGAGCAAGUCCAGGGGGCUGGUCUGGGACGCAAAGACUUCUGGCGAAAGAUGUUCAAGUCACAGAGUGCAGCGAGUGAUACCAGUAGUCAAUCUGAGCAGGACACAUCUGAAUGCACCACUGCUCACUCUGGGACCACCACAGACAGGCGCUCCCGCUCCCGUUCCCGAAGAAUCUCCCUUCGAAAGAAACUCAAACUCCCCAUAGGUAAAUGGAACUGGCUGAAGCGUUCCUCCCUCUCUGGCCUGGCUGAUGGGGUGGAAGAUCUCCUAGAUAUCAGCUCUGUUGACCGUCUGUCUUUCAUCAGGCAGAGUUCCAAGGUGAAGUUUACCAGUGCAGUGAAGCUGUCAGAAGGAGCGGGGCCAGGAGGUGGCCUGGACAAUGGGCGAGAUGAAGAGGAGAAUUUCUUCAAGCGUCUUGGUUGCCAUAGCUUUGAUGAUCACUUGACCUCCAACCAAGAAGGAGGAAAAUCCAAGAACGUUGUGAACCUGGGAGCAAUCCGCCAAGGCAUGAAGCGCUUUCAGUUUCUCCUGAACUGCUGUGAACCAGGCACUAUCCCUGAUGCCUCCAUUUUGGCAGCAGCCCUAGAUCUUGAAGCUCCUGUCGUGGCAAGAGCAGCCCUGUUCCUCGAGUGUGCACGCUUUGUUCACCGCUGUAAUCGUGGCAACUGGCCUGAGUGGAUGAAGGGCCACCAUGUGAACAUUACUAAGAAAGGCCUGUCCCGUGGACGUUCUCCUAUUGUGGGCAACAAAAGGAACCAGAAGCUGCAGUGGAAUGCAGCGAAGCUCUUCUACCAGUGGGGAGAUGCAAUUGGUCUCCGCCUCAACGAGCUGUGCCAUGCUGAGAGUGAGAGCCCUGCCAACCUGCUGGGCCUCAUUUAUGAUGAGGAGACCAAGAGGCGCCUGAGAAAGGAGGAUGAGGAAGAAGACUUUUUAGAUGACAGCACUGUGAAUCCUACCAAAUGUUGUUGUCCUUUUGCACUGAAAAUGGCAGCCUGUCAGCUCCUCCUGGAGAUAACCACUUCCCUCAUGCCCAGGCCACGUACUGAGCCUCUUGUGGAUCUGGAGAGCUGCAGGCUACGUCUGGACCCCGAGAUGGAUCGGCACAGGUAUGAAAGAAAGAUCAGCUUUGCUGGGGUUCUGGAUGAAAAUGAAGAUUCAAAGGAUUCCCUGCACAGCAGCAGUCACACCCUCAAAUCUGAGGCUGGCUUCGAGGAGAAAAAAGAAGGGAGCCCUUGGAGCGCGAGCGAACCUAGCAUUGAGCCCGAGGUGCUGAGCAACACAGGCAUGGAGGAGAACUAUCAUCGGAACAUGUCGUGGCUGCACGUUAUGAUCCUAUUAUGCAACCAGCAAAGUUUUAUAUGCACCCACAUUGACUACUGUCACCCACACUGCUACCUCCAUCAUAGCCGGUCCUGUGCUCGCCUUGUCCGGGCCAUCAAACUCCUGUAUGGAGACACAGUGGACUCUCUGAGGGAAAAUAGCACAUUGAACAGUGUGGCAAGAGGCAAAAAACAAAAAGAAUGCUCAGACAAGUCAUGCUUGAGAACUCCUUCUCUAAAAAAGAGAGUGAUCGAUAUCAACUUGGAAGGGAAGAAGGACUCUGGAAUGCUAAAAUACAUCAGGCACCAGGUAAUGAGCCUCUCCCCUGCACCUCUGUCACUGCUAAUCAAGGCAGCUCCUAUCCUCACAGAAGAGAUGUAUGGGGACAUCCAGCCAGCAGCCUGGGAGCUCCUGCUCAGUGUGGAUGAGCACAUGGCUGGAGCAGCAGCUGCCAUGUUCCUGCUGUGUGCUGUGAAAGUGCCAGAGGCCGUUUCUGACAUGCUGAUGUCCGAAUUUCAUCACCCAGAGACAGUGCAAAGACUGAAUGCCAUUCUCAAAUUUCACACGCUCUGGAGGUUUAGGUAUCAAGUCUGGCCAAGAAUGGAAGAGGGAGCACAGCAGAUAUUUAAGAUCCCUCCUCCAAGUAUAAACUUCACUCUGCCUUCUCCUGUCCUGGGGAUGCCAUCUGUGCCCAUGUUUGACCCCCCCUGGGUCCCUCAGUGCAGUGGGAGUGUGCAAGAUCCUAUCAAUGAAGACCAGUCGAAGUCAUUUUCAGCCAGAGCUGUAUCACGUUCUCAUCAGCGAGCGGAGCACAUCCUGAAGAACUUGCAGCAGGAGGAAGAGAAGAAACGCCUGGGCCGAGAAGCCAGUCUCAUCACUGCCAUCCCCAUCACGCAGGAGGCCUGCUAUGAGCCAACCUGCACACCAAGCUCGGAGCAGGAAGAAGAAGUAGAAGAAGUUGCCAACUUGGCCUCCCGCCGUCUCUCUGUGAGUCCUUCCUGCACCUCCAGUACAUCCCACAGGAACUAUUCUUUCCGCCGUGGCUCUGUCUGGUCAGUGAGGUCAGCAGUCAGUGCAGAAGAUGAAGAACACACCACGGAGCAUACUCCAAAUCAUCACGUGCCACAGCCACCUCAAGCUGUGUUUCCAGCAUGCAUCUGUGCAGCAGUGCUCCCCAUUGUCCAUUUGAUGGAGGAUGGAGAAGUCCGGGAGGAUGGAGUAGCUGUAAGCGCUGUUGCUCAGCAGGUCCUGUGGAACUGCUUAAUUGAAGACCCCUCUACAGUUCUGCGCCAUUUCCUUGAGAAGCUCACAAUCAGCAACCGACAGGAUGAGCUGAUAUAUAUGUUACGGAAGCUUUUGUUGAACAUUGGAGACUUUCCUGCCCAGACAUCUCACAUCCUCUUCAACUACUUGGUAGGACUGAUCAUGUAUUUUGUACGCACUCCAUGUGAGUGGGGCAUGGAUGCCAUUUCUGCCACACUUACCUUCCUCUGGGAAGUGGUGGGUUAUGUAGAAGGACUCUUCUUCAAGGAUCUCAAACAGACUAUGAAGAAGGAACAAUGUGAAGUGAAGCUGCUGGUGACUGCCUCAAUGCCAGGCACAAAAACCCUUGUUGUACAUGGACAGAAUGAGUGUGACAUCCCAACUCAGUUACCAGUCCAUGAAGACACACAGUUUGAGGCUCUUCUGAAGGAGUGUUUGGAGUUUUUUAAUAUACCUGAAACACAGUCUUCUCAUUACUUUUUAAUGGAUAAGCGAUGGAAUCUUAUUCAUUACAACAAGACCUACGUCCGUGAUAUUUAUCCCUUCCGGAGGUCAGUUUCUCCCCAGCUCAACCUGGUGCAGAUGCAUCCAGAAAAAGGUCAAGAGCUCAUUCAGAAACAGGUGUUCACCCGCAAGCUAGAAGAGGUGGGGCGGGUGUUGUUCCUCAUAUCACUGACACAGAAAAUUCCUACUGCGCACAAGCAGUCCCAUGUAUCUAUGCUCCAGGAGGACCUCCUCCGCUUGCCUUCAUUUCCCCGAAGUGCCAUUGAUGCCGAGUUCUCACUCUUCAGUGAUCCUCAAGCUGGGAAAGAGCUCUUUGGUCUUGACACUCUUCAGAAAAGCUUGUGGAUUAAGCUCCUGGAGGAGAUGUUCCUUGGCAUGCCCAGUGAGUUCCCCUGGGGGGAUGAGAUCAUGCUGUUCUUGAACGUCUUCAACGGUGCCCUGAUCCUGCACCCUGAGGACAGUGCCUUGUUGCGGCAAUACGCUGCCACAGUCAUCAAUACAGCCGUGCACUUUAACCACCUCUUCUCCCUCAGCGGGUACCAGUGGGUCCUCCCCAGCAUGUUGCAGGUAUACGCUGACUAUGAAAGCAACCCACAGUUACGCCAAGCAAUUGAGUUUGCGUGCCGCCAGUUCUACGUUCUGCAUCGCAAGCCCUUUAUUCUGCAGCUGUUUGCAAGUGUGGCUCCUCUCCUGGAGUUCCCUGAUGCUACGAACAAUGGAACAAGCAAAGGAGUGUCAGCUCAGUGCCUGUUUGACCUGCUGCAGUCUUUAGAGGGAGACACUCCAGACAUUUUGGACAUCUUAGAGCUGGUGAAAGCAGAAAAGCCUCUGAAGUCAUUAGACUUCUGCUAUGGGAAUGAAGACUUGACCUUUUCGAUCAGCGAAGCCAUCAAGCUGUGUGUGACGGUGGUGGCCUAUGCUCCUGAAUCAUUCAGAAGCCUCCAGAUGCUGAUGGUCUUGGAAGCACUGGUUCCCUGUUACUUGCAGAAACUGAAGCGACAAACCUCUCAAGUGGAGACUGUGACAGCAGCUCGUGAGGAGAUUGCUGCUAUGGCUGCCCUUGCCACCUCUUUGCAGGCCCUCUUGUACAGUGUAGAAGUUCUUACCAGGCCUAUGACAGCCCCACAGAUGAGUCGAUGUGACCAAGGCCAUAAAGGGACCACAACAGCAAACCACACCAUGUCAGCAGGUGUGAACACCAGGUACCCAGAACAGGGAGCCAAACUACACUUUAUCAGGGAGAACCUUCACUUACUGGAGGAGGGCCAGGGUCUUCCCCGAGAGGAGCUGGAUGAACGAAUUGCCAGGGAGGAGUUCAGGAGGCCGCGGGAGUCAUUGCUGAAUAUCUGCACAGAGUUUUACAAGCACUGUGGUCCAAGGCUGAAGAUUUUGCAGAAUCUGGCUGGUGAGCCCCGAGUGACAUCUCUGGAGCUUCUGGAUGUGAAGUCACACAUGAGAUUGGCAGAAAUCGCACAUUCCCUGCUAAAACUGGCACCUUAUGACACACAGACGAUGGAAAGCCGGGGUCUCCGGCGCUACAUCAUGGAGAUGCUGCCCAUCACUGACUGGACAGCUGAGGCGGUGAGACCUGCCCUUAUCCUCAUCUUAAAGAGAUUGGAUCGUAUGUUCAAUAAAAUUCACAAGAUGCCUACUUUGAGGCGCCAGGUUGAGUGGGAGCCUGCCAGCAAUUUGAUUGAAGGGGUUUGUUUGACACUUCAGAGGCAGCCAAUCAUAUCCUUCCUGCCUCACCUUAGGUCUCUGAUCAAUGUGUGUGUCAAUCUGGUGAUGGGAGUGGUAGGACCCUCCAGUGUGGCUGACGGAUUACCCCUUCUUCAUCUCAGCCCUUAUCUCUCGCCACCUCUGCCCUUCAGCACAGCUGUUGUCCGGCUUGUAGCAUUGCAGAUACAGGCUUUGAAAGAAGAUUUCCCCCUAAGCCAUGUCGUCUCCCCAUUCACCAAUCAGGAAAGAAGGGAAGGAAUGCUUUUAAACCUACUGAUUCCAUUUGUGCUCACAGUAGGAUCUGGAAGCAAAGACAGUCCCUGGCUGGAGCAGCCUGAGGUCCUGCUGCUGCUCCAGACUGUUAUCAAUAUCCUCCUGCCACCUCGCAUCAUCAGCACAUCCCGCAGCAAGAAUUUUAUGCUGGAGAGCUCCCCUGCCCACUGCUCCACCCCAGGGGAUGCGGGGAAGGACCUGAGGCGGGAAGGGCUCGCAGAGUCCACCAGCCAGGCUGCCUACCUGGCCCUGAAGGUGAUCCUUGUUUGCUUUGAACGUCAACUGGACAGCCAGUGGUACUGGCUGAGCCUGCAAGUCAAAGAGAUGGCACUGCGGAAGGUGGGAGGGCUGGCCCUGUGGGAUUUCCUCGACUUUAUCGUACGAACACGGAUCCCUAUCUUUGUGCUCCUUCGGCCCUUCAUCCAGUGCAAGCUGCUGGCCCAGCCGGCUGAGAACCACGAGGAGCUGACGGCCCGACAGCACAUUGCCGACCAGCUGGAGAGACGGUUCAUACCACGGCCGCUCUGCAAGAGCUCCCUCAUUGCUGAAUUCAACAACGAGCUGAAGAUCCUGAAGGAAGCUGUGCACAGUGGGUCUGCUUACCAAGGGAAGACAUCCGUCAGCACGGUGGGUACCUCCACCUCCGCUUACCGCCUGAGCCUGGCCACCAUGUCCCGCUCCAACACCGGCACUGGCACAGUCUGGGAGCAGGACAGCGAGCCUUCCCAGCAGGCCUCUCAGGACACGCUGAGCCGCACAGAUGAGGAGGACGAAGAAAAUGACUCCCUGAGCAUGCCCAGUGUGGUAAGUGAACAAGAAGCAUACCUUAUGGGUGCCGUUGGGAGGAGGCGGUUCUCCAGCCAUCUCUCCAGCGUGUCUGCACCUCAGGCUGAGGUGGGCAUGUUACCCAGCCAAAGUGAACCUAAUGUCCUCGAUGACUCCCCGAGCCUGGCCACUGAGGGCAGCCUCUCUAGGGUGGCGAGCGUGCAGAGCGAGCCAGGACAGCAGAACCUUCUUCUGCAGCAGCCUCUGGGGCGGAAGAGAGGGCUACGGCAGCUUCGACGACCACUGCUGUCACGUCAGAAAACUCAAACUGAACCUCGGAGCCGUCAUGGAGCUCGACUUUCAACCACGCGACGGAGCAUCCAGCCGAAACCAAAACCUAGCGCGGAGCAGAAGCGGUCAGUGACUUUCACUGAAGAGCAGCCUGAGGCAACAACAGCCUCCGCAGGGGACGCAUCAUCUCCUGCAGCCCAGCAGCAGGGCUGUGCCCGCAGCAGCCCCCAGGCUGCCAGCAAGCAGGAACCGCUGAGCAAACCCAUGCUGACGUCCUCACCUGCCAUCGUCGUUGCUGAUCUCCAUAGCCAGACCACCAGCCAGAGUGAGGAACUUCCCGCCGAGAAGGAGAAGGAAAAAGAGGAGGGUCUGGAAUCCCGGCCAACAACAGCUCAAAGCACCCCACCCACCCAGCUCUCUGACACCGAGGACUACGCUGGCCUCGAGACCACCAGCUUGCUGCAGCAUGGGGACACCAUCCUUCAUAUCAGUGAGGACAACGGGAUGGAGAACCCCUUGCUGACAACUCACUUCAGCUUCACGCACGUGGAGCUCGGGGAGACUGAUGUUGACCUUGACGAAUCUCAUGUUUAA